AGGAAACUUACUAGAUCUAGAUCUCUAGAUCUAGAGUCUAGUGAUCUAAUGCACAUAUUCAUCAUAUUGUUUAGUAAUGAAAAAAUUGAGAUCUACACAGAUUCAUGGUCUAGAUCUAGACUAGAUCAUCUAUCUUAGUAUCUAUAACCCUAGAUUGAAAUCUCUAGAUCUAUAUAAUUAGGUUUUUAAUGAAACAAAAAUUAAAGCACUGGGGUCCUCUCACCAAUCUUAUUAUUUAUACUUAUUCUUAAUCCUAAAGUCUUAGCAAUCUACAGUUUCACCAAUCUACGGUUACUGUGGCAGUCUAGGCCUAGGACUAUCACUAUAUUUAUAUUUUAGUAUAUAUUAUUAUUAGUUUCUAGAUCUAGGACUUAAUCUAGAGGAUCAUCAAAUUAUUAAAAUUAAGUUCAAGUUCAAGUUGUCUUUGACUUUUAGACAUAGUAACAUAGACUUCAUAGAGUCAAUAGAGAUGAUAGACGUCAUAGACUAGGUCACUAGAUCUAGAUUUGUAAUAAGUAAAGACUUAUAGAUCUAGGUCUAGUUAUUAAGUUAAGUCACAAGACAAGUCGCCACAAGUGACUAAGGCUAGCUUAAGCUGCUAACUUAAACUAAGCCUAAGGCGCCUAAGCAUAAUUAUUAAGCUUAAGCCUAGCUAAAGUUAAAAAACUGAUACUCAGAUACUGAUAGAGUCUAGGCCCUAGGUCUUAGAUCAAGAUCUCUAGACUUUGCUGAAAGUGAAAUUUAAAAUGGCCUCAUUCGUAGAAAAAAUACUUCAAAAUGCAGGAAUGAUGGAGAAAAAACUCAUCAAUGAGAAGCUGGAGCUGCUUACCAAAAAGCUGACGGAGCUAGAAGCAGAAAUCUACCAGCUUGUCAAGACAAAGUACAUUAGCUAUUAUCCUUGUUUGGAGGCUUCAGAAAGUCUUUGCCAGCGAGUACAAGAUAUAAAUAAUGAGAUCUACAGUCUUGAGCAAAAAAUAAAACAAGAGAGUAAUUUGUUUUCAGUCAAUAGUGAAUUUUGCACUUUGAACCAGGAACUUGUCAACUCCAAGCAAAUCUUUUCAGGUUUGCAAUAUUUAGUGGAGAUAAAUGAUUUAUUACAGACUGCCAAAGAGACUACCAGCGAUGGAAGUCUUACAGAAGCUGCUAAUGCAUUAAACAAGCUAGAAAGUUACUUCAAGAAUAAUCUUGGGCAACAGAAAGAGAAAAUAACUAUUUUGAAAACAUUAGAAGUGAAUUUUAAGAUUCAGAAAGCUACUUUGGAAACUGUGGUGUGCACCCAAUGGAGUGAUUCAAUCAAGUGGAUCAGCUCGUCUGACUCAGAGUUUAAAGUGUUAACACUGUCCAUUGCCACAGACAGAAAUUUGAAAGAUGUGGUACAUGGCCUGCAGGCAUGUCACAUCCUGGAGAGGCACAUGAAAAAGUUUGCAGAAAAUUUCCAAAAACUUGUUCUGCCACUUGUACUGGAGGAGCCUGAGUUGGCGAUUGAGUCAAAGAGUGCCUCCUCCAGCAGGGAACUGAGACUCAAGACACCAAACAGCAAGAAAGGCAGUGUUGACUGUGUUGGGGAGGAGCAAAUGUACAAGACAGUCUUCGCUAAUUUGUUGUUGGUCCUAGAACAUUUAAACUCCAUGCUGCUGAAGAUUGACUUUCAGCAGAAAGAUGAGUUACAGCAGGGCUCAGGUCAAACUCUCAUGAACUGGCUGGGGGAAGAAGUAGCCUCUAGCUUCUUAGACUCCUUGAAGCAAACAGUCUUGGCCAAGGCAAUACCAUCUAAUAUUAAAGAUUUGGAUGGCUUUCGGUCCGUUAUCGAUGCUACUCAAAUCCUACAGGAUAAACUGCUGACACUUGGGUUUCUUCAGCUAGAUGACCAAAGUUUAAUGACCUAUGUACAAAACAUCAACAUGUUGUUUGCUAACAAGAAAAGCCAGACCAUCAUUGAGAAAGCCAGAGAUCUGAUGACUUCUAACUUGUUUGAAAGUCUGGCAGUCAAUGACACAAGGCCACUGAGUGAGCUUCCCCCACUGAGUUCUGGUCCAUUGAAAGCCAUUGUACCAGAGAAUGUACUGAGUGAGAACACUUUCAAGAUGCCCAAGUGUAACAUUAGUCAGAAUAUUGACACUUUGGUGCAACUGGCUUAUGAAACAAUGUGUGAGGCCACAGGAAGUGAAGAGUGUGCCAUUCAGAUGUUUUACUCUGUCAGAAGCAUGUUUGAAAUGUUUUGCCAUGUUGUGCCAACACAUCAUGCUCACAGCUUGAAGACAGUUCCGCAGUUAGCUGCUCUGCAUCACAACAACUGUAUGUACAUUGCUCACCAUCUAAUGACCAUGGGUCAUCAAUUUGCCCCUAAGCUACCAAGGGAUUACUCUGUCACCUUUGUUGACCUCAUUCAGCAGAUCAGAAAGAACGGAAUAGAUGUCAUGAUAGCCCAGGUCCAGCGUCAGAAAGAUCUUUUAAUGGAGUAUUUGGAUGGUUCUGAAGGUUUCUCAAACCUUGAGACUGAGUCCAACAUAGAGAAAGCCAAAAAGUCUGUUGGCCAGGUUGUGUUUCAGUUGGAACAUUUGAAGAAAAUAUGGAAACCAGUUCUACCUAUAAAUAAUUAUAAAAAGGCUUUGGGUCAGCUGAUCAAGUCGGUUGUUACCAGAGUGGUGGACAGUGUCAUAGCUCUUGAGGACAUUGCACAAGAUGCCAGUCAGAGGAUCCUGGAACUGCUCACCUCCUUGGAGAAAGUUUGUGGUGAAUGCCUGACUUCGCCAGGUGAGGUGGCCAGCGUGGAGCUGACACGACACUGCCUAUCCUGGCCCAGGUUCACAGAGCUUAAGUUGGUGCUUAACUCUUCCUUGACCGAUAUUGCUGACCGCUGGGCAGAGGGGAAAGGACCACUGGCUUCUGCUUUCACUGCUAUGGAAUUGAAAAAACUUAUUAGAGCGCUGUUUCAGAACACGGAGAGAAGAGGAAAUUUGUUGGCCUUGAUCAAGUAGAGGAAGUUGUGUAAUUCACUUUGUCAACACUAAUGGCAUUGUCCGUUCUUACAGAUAUUAAGCAAGCCACAGAGACAGCUCUUAACUAUGUUUGGUUGUUAUAACAAAGAUUUUGUUAAUAUUUAUUUGUCUUACACACAAUAAACUACACUCCUGUUUUGAAUUUGUCUUAGCCAACAUAUGCUUUUUUUUUUUUUUUCAAUUUCUGCUAUGAGCAAACAUCUUGAUUGUGUUGAACAUAACAUUUUAUUUAUGAAUGCUUUGAGUUACUAUUGGAAUGUUUAGAUAUUAAAAUAUUUUUUGUUUUUCAAUUCCUACUAUGAGCUCACACUUUUGUCAUGUUCAAAGUAGAACAAACUUUGAAUCAUUUAUUUUGCCAACUUUUCAUUUCAAGAUGAAAUUUCGCACAUAAAAUCAUCCUGCGUGGCACCACGUUUUAUUAAAAUUUCAGAAAUCUCACUUCAUUUAUUAUGGAAAUAAAAAAUAGCGUCCAUUUUCUUUUCUUUUCAAUUAGAGUUAUCUAGAUCUAAAUAGCCUUCUAUAUGAGUGGUUAAACGCUUAGCUUCCAAACCUGGGGUCCUGGGUUCGAAUCUCAGUGAAGACUGGAAUUUUGAAAUUCUUGAUUUUUAGUGUGGCCCUGAGUUUCAACCAGCUCAAAUGGGUACCUGACUUGUUAGGGAAAGUUAAGGCGGUUGGACGUUGAGCUGUCCAUAAUAUCUUGCUCGUUAACCAUUAACCUAAAACAUCAUCUGCCCCAUAGAUUGCAUGGUCUGAAAGGGGAACUUCACUUUUUAGUUGUUGUAUGGCCAGGUAGGUCAUUUGGUUAGAGUGUGAUUUUAUUAAGCCGAAUGACUAGGGUUUGAUCCCCAUACUAGCCAAUAUUUGUUCUAUUUUUGAAUGACCCAUUUGACAUCAAGUAGGAAGUAAGUUUUUAUUUAAAAAAAAAACAACACUUUUAUUUCAUCGUUUUUGUUUGUAUAUUGUUGUUGGACUUGGAUAUGACAUUGUUUGUUUUCAAGAAGUGUUGGCAAAGAGUGUAGUUUGUUCAUCAAUUUUGCAUAUUGUAGAGAUACAGUUUGAUCAAGUUUACUGUUUGCAUUUAUCAGCUGUGUGUAAAAUACCUUCUGUUGAUGCAACUGGUUUGUGUGCAGAGCGAUUAUAUUUAUAUAUACUGUGUAUAUUGAAUGCUUGUUAAAAUGUAUGUGUUCUGUUGACUGUUCCCAUCUACUGUAAGUACAUGUGUACUGCUAUUCUACAUAAACUGUUAGUAGAACUUUAGUAUGUUCACUUUGCCUUAUUUGAUUAUUUCUCAUGAUUGAUCACAACUGUGACUGUGUGAUACUACUUUGUUUUGGGACAUUGAAAUAAAUCAUUCUGAACUUU